CCGUUGGUGUGUACAAGUCGCUAAUAUACUUAACUGUUAGUUAUCAUUAUAGUUAUCGUUCUUGGUGUGAACGGGUCUUUAAUACUCGUUAUUUGAUAAAACAUGCUUUGUUUAUCUCUCUCUCUCAGGCGCGUGAUUCGAUCAUUCACAGAUGCCGUGAACGCGCCCGUUCAGGAAAAUCACAAACUGUGAACGCGAGCAAUAUUACAUCAAUGCCAGGAUUAACAUAUUAACAUUUAUAAAAUGUAUUUAAUUAUAGCUACAGUAAUUUUGUAUUGAUUUGAUGCUGUUUGGAGCAGAACAUUUUUGUGAAAUUGAGUUUUUAAAAAGGUCACGUGUGUAAAGAAAGCGAAUAUAAAGGCACAGACAUUAUGAUUUGUGUUUGUUUUUGAAAGUGUGCAGUUCAAAUCUGAAUUCUUCAGCAGUGAGCAACUGUUUCGGAUGGAGAACAGCCUUUUUCACCUCUUCCACAUCUAAUGGAGCACUUACUGCCACUUCAUGAGGAUAACAAGGCGCUGCUUAAUUACGAACGAACACAUCCAGAAGAGAGGAGUGUAACCGACAGGCCUCUUCAAGAGGAUCAGACUGAAUCACAACCAGUCAGAAUGGACGAUUCACAAUGUUUUGAUGCUGGAGACGUGUUUCUUAUGCCAGAAACACCUGCUGAAUCCCAACUGAAGCUGAUGCGAUCAAUGCAACCUUCCCAAACAUCUGUUCGUUCUCCUCAGACGCUUCGUUCGCUUCAGUAUGAAGAGCUUGAGGAAAGUCGUCAAUGGUUUCGACCAGCAUUUGACUCUGAAGAUCCUGGAAGAUCACAAAACCUUCAUUUCCCAACAUCAAUCCAUCAAUCAGAUCCUCAGGAGGAACUAAACCACAUCCCACAAGACUGCCAACCUCCAUCUACUCCUAUAAAUAUCAAACCAGUAACUGUUUUCACACAUAUUAACCCUUUCCACGCACCUCAUCUUAACCCUUCAUGGCCCGUUCUAGUACCUCAUUUCAACCCUGUAGCUUCAGCGCCUCAUCAGAAUCCAUUCUGCCCCAUUUACACGCCUCCACUACACUUUGACCCAAACCGCACCACUCUAGUGGCUUGUGGGGAUUCGACCGUCUCCUGUCUAGUGCUUCCACUGCACAUGAACGUUUACCCGGUUUAUCCCACACCAUACCUGCCCUCAAACACACAGAGUCCCUCACAGGCCUCGCUCUCCGGCGACUCCUCGGCUAGAUGGUUUCCUGAAGAUGUGUGCGACUCGUACGGACUGUGGCGGAGACUGCGUGAGACGGCGAGGGGCUUCAGCUCCGGCAGUCCAGACACUGAGGCUCUGGCGUGCUUCUUCAUGCAUGUGAUUCGCUCAUUCGCCGUUCACAGUCCGGAUCUCCCGUUCACAGAUGCCGUGAACGUGGCCGUUCAGGAGUGGAGGAAAAUCUCAAACUUUGAACGCGAGCAAUAUUACAUCAAUGCCAGGAUGUUCAUUGAGUUGGAAGAUCAGGUCAAGAGCGCCAACAGAGCAGAUGAAGAUCAGUCGAUUCCUGCUCAGACAGGUAAUGUGAAGAAAACUAGAAAAAGAUCUAAUAAGGUCGCCCAAGAGCGGCCGGUUCAAGAUCUCGCCGAGAGCGCGCUGACGGAAUACUCACAGGUCAUGGACGCUCUAGAGUCAAAGGUCAGCGGUGGGUCAGAGGUCACUGCAGCCGUAGAGGAGGAUGUGUGUGCGCUGUACCUCAACGAGCUCUUCAACCACAGCGAAUUUACGACUGAGGCUGCUGUCGACGUGGACUACAUCAGCUCUCUUCUCUCCGCAGAUCACAACCUCACAGACGACCUUAAGGAAAAUUCCCAGGAUGUGUUCUCCGGUAUUAUUCCAGAGCCAGUCGCCGGCUGCUCCGAUUGGAUUGACACUACGGUUUCUGAAGCACAGGUUCUGCCGUCAUCCGCUCUACAAUGUGAUUUCAGCACAAAUCUUCAAAAUCACAUGAUGCAGAAUGUAUUUCAGAUGUCCACGCCACCAGAAUUAGUGUGGUUACAGGAUAACAUCAUGGAAAAUGACGGCCAGAAUGCAUUUCAAACAUUAACCGAGGUCCAAAGUUCGGAUCAAAGCGUUUCCGUUCAAGAAACGAUUCAUUCUGCACUCCAAGACUUCCAAGGUCCAGAAGCUGAUGGAAACUCUUCGGGACAAAAAGACAAGACUUCGUACAAUGUUGAACUUGAUUCCACCAUCCAAUCCAACAGUCUUCAAAACUACAAAUCCCAUCAUGCAACAUUUACUCAUUCCAUAAAACAUCCCAAAACCCCUUUGGAUAGUGGAAUGGAGCAUAAUGGAGAGGAAAACAUGGUAGUCGGACAAAAAACUGUAAAAAGUACAAAGGAGAAGGGUAACAUAGAUUCGGACAUUCCCAACAAUUCUCAGAGAGUGAGAAAUAAUGCAACAGAAACACAGACAAACAUAAAGGAGAUGCCCGAGGAAAAGAACGGAAACGGAAACAAAAAACAGAUAAGACAACGUAGAAGACGGAAACAGCGAAAGAUCACGGCGCUCGAUGAGAGAACAACCUCGAAACCAGGCGAUAAAGAUGGAAGGAGGUCGAAAACAGACCAAAGACACAGAAAGACUCAAGACGGUCAACAAAGAUCAGCAACCUCAACGAAACACGAAAUAAUGGUAGAAAGAGAGCAGCGUACGGAUGUGACUGAGACGAGAUCCUCCGCAACGGACGGAAGGAGAGGGAAUCUACGCCAACAUGAUGGACAGAAGACAGGAGAAAAUUUGCACAACGAGUUAGAGAGACGUCAAAGGCCGAUAAAAACUGGCAGAUCUCAUGAAGCGAACAAAGAAAGAAAACGAAUGAUGGAAGCAGAAAGAAACAAUGGAAAAACAUAUAGACGGGCAGAGAACGGACGCCUAAAAAAGCAGCAAAAAUUGGCCAUUGUAGGGAAUGGUGAUUUUCAAUCGCACGAGAGCUUCACGUACACGAGACGCAGCCAAAACUCGUACAAACGACAAACAAAGAAGGUUGAGAAGGUUCAAAAACAAAACAAGGUGGACGGACAUAACGGAAAACCCACCUGAGACAUAAUAAAGCUUAUAAAUGAAACAUUGCGUCGUUAUUUAACCCUCUGGUGCGCGGACAAAAAUGAGCGAUUCGUUUUUAUUUCGAUGUAAUGAAUGAAUGUGCUAUAAUGAUUUUCAUUUAAUAUUUUGUAUUUUUAGGGGAUUUUUUGGCACUAAAUUAUAUUUAUGGAAUAGUUAUGAUCCAUUUAUUACCUGUUAACCACUUUUUGAACAUAGACCUGAAAAUGAAAUUUCCGACUUAAACUGUGGUAAAUGUUUUGGAUCACAGAAGUU